CGCGCUGCUCCGUCCAGUCCCGCCUAUUCUCUGCUCCCCGGGACCUUUGGGCUUGUCUUGGGCGGUUUGAAGAUCAGGAAGUUGACAAAUUGCGAGGCCGGCUGCUGAGAGACGGUGGCUCGGGUGGGACAGUCGCCAGGGAUGGCGGAGCGUGAGGAUGGAGCAGGUGUCCGGGCUGCUCUCCUGGACGUUGAGCAGAGUCCUGUGGCUCUCGGGCCUCUCUGAGCGGGGAGCUGCCCGGCAGCCCCGGACCAUGGAAGAGAAAGCGCUAGAGGUUUAUGAUUUGAUUCGAACUAUCCGGGACCCAGAGAAGCCCAAUACUUUAGAAGAACUGGAAGUGGUGACGGAAAGCUGUGUGGAGGUUCAGGAGAUAAAUGAAGAAGACUAUUUGGUUAUUAUCAGGUUCACGCCAACAGUACCUCAUUGCUCUUUGGCGACUCUUAUUGGGCUGUGCUUAAGAGUAAAACUUCAACGGUGUUUACCGUUUAAACAUAAGUUGGAAAUCUACAUUUCUGAAGGAACCCACUCAACAGAGGAAGACAUCAACAAGCAAAUAAAUGACAAAGAGCGAGUGGCAGCUGCAAUGGAGAACCCCAACUUACGGGAAAUUGUGGAACAGUGUGUCCUUGAACCUGACUAAUAGUUUUUUUAAGAGCCACUGAACUGUAAUUAUUUGAUAUAUUUGUUUAAACUCUUUGUAAAACGUAAAAGACUCAUGUUUAAUACAUAGGUGAUUUGUAUCUCGAAGCAUUUUUUAAAAAUUUCCAAGAAAUAAUUAUAAAGUAGUAUCUAGUUUGUUCAAUGUGUAAUAUUCUCAGGAUUUGUAACACUUAAAUGAUCAGACAGAAUAAUAUUUUAUGUUAUUAUGUGUAAGAUGAGUUGCUAUUUUUCUGACCUCCAUUCUGAUACAACUACUUUUCAUGUCAAAUAUUUACUGUGUCCAAAUGUAUUCAAUUUAAAUCAUUAUUAUGUAAAAUAAAUAAAACAGAGAUGAUUCUUGUAAUGAGG